CUUCUAGUACUAGUAGAUUUGAAGUAGGGAUCAUCAUCAGGUACUGGAAUCGGAGCACAGUUUUCACUCAAAGACGGUGAGUUACACGAUGAACAGUCCAGCGUUUUGCCAAGUGGACCGACAGAUGAGGGCAUGAAGAUGAUGUCGUGAGCGAUCCACUGCCCGAAUUGCAUAUAGAAAUGAUUUCUGGAGUAGUCAAACGCCGGCUUUGCUCCUUCUUGGUGAAUCUUGUUCGAUAUUUCUCUUGUUGAUGGAAGGACGGUUCCCUUGGCGCCUUUGGUUCGGAUCCGGUUGAACCCAUCCGCGUAACUAGCUUUUCCAAGAAGUCGACGAACAGGAGUUACAGCAGCUCCCUGCAUCGGAUUCUUGACAUUGUUACAUUUACCGGUGAUUGUUCGAAAUGAGUUACUGCUUGGACUGGUGCAGUCGGUCGUGCCACAUCCUGAAGUUUGACGCUUUCUCCGAGCUGGGCUAGUUUCCUUUAGAAGACUAUCGAUGUCAACCUCGCUGAGUUCAUCCAGAACUUCGACGCCAAGCUUUUCCACUACGAUCUUGGUCACUUCCGACAGAAAAUCUCCCUUGAGCUGCUCUAAUUCUGACUCACCAUUUGCUUUCUGA